GUUUCAAUAUUUGUUGCAGUUUCAAGUGUGGGCUGGGCCUGGAUGGAAGACUAUUUUAACCCUGACGAGUACAUAUCUCCGGCGGAGGGAGAGGAGACGCCGGCGGCGUGCGACUACGUGAACCGUUAUUUUCCGGCGUGCCAAGAUUACCUGGACGGAAGCGUAGAUUUCCCGCGGAAGGCGUGUUGUAGUAACCUGCUUAUCCUCCGUGGCAUCACCUACGAGGUGGGCCCUCGGAAGAUUUGCCAGUGCAUCGAAGACUUGAAGAUGACCUUUUUGGAGUCUCGGAUCAAACUGGUCUACGAGAAGUGUGAGAUUCACCUCAACUUUCCCAUCUCCGAACACAUGGACUGUUCUAGUGUUGAAUAGAGCAGAGAAUUGAAUCUGCACAUUUGAAGUUAAUUUCUCUUGCCCGUCAUGCCA